AUGUUCUUCCUUAUCUCUCUAUCUCGCUCGGCUAUUAAAAGUGCACAAUUUUAUGGUGUUAAUCGGGUGACAAGAUCGAAAUCAACAGCUGCAGGUGGAUCAGCUAACAUUAAACGAUCACAGCAAUUAUCGCUACAAACAAAUUUCAAUAGUAAUAAUAAUAAGAAAAAACAAACACUGAAAGCUGCAGUUAGUGUUCAGCCCGCAAUUGAUAAAGUUCAAGCAGACGAUAACAACAACAAUACGUGUAAUACGAAGUGGCGACAGAUCUGGUCGUGGCAGUUCAUCUGGACGAGAAACUCGUGUACGCGGUCGUAG